UUGCUCCCCGCGGGAAAGGGGCCCGCGGCCGGGACCGGAGCAGGCGGAGCGACGCCUCCUGGCGGACGCUCCCCAGACUCGGCUCCCUCUUCGUCCUCCGCAUCUUCUUCCUUGUCCUCCUCGCCUCAGCCACCCCCGAGGGGGAACCGUGCCCAAGAUGAGGGUGCACAGCGUCGGGGCGCCGCGGCGCACUUGUGCCAUCAGAAGAGUUCCUCCCUGCCAGGCACUGCCAGCCUGGAGCAACUGCUGGAGCCACCUCCACCCCCGGCGGGGGCAGAGCGGGCACAGAGCUCCAGGGAGCCUUGGACCCUGGAGAAGGGCGGGGAGUGCGGCGGCAGCCAGAAAAUAAAUACUUCUGGAACCAGUAAUGCAGAUGUCCCUCUGGCUGAUCCCGGAAUGUACCAAUUGGAUAUUACAUUAAGAAAGGGUCAAAGUUUAGCUGCCCGAGAUCGAGGAGGGACAAGUGACCCAUAUGUGAAGUUUAAAAUUGGAGGAAAAGAAGUUUUUAGAAGUAAAAUAAUACACAAGAACCUCAAUCCUGUGUGGGAGGAGAAAGCGUGCAUUCUUGUCGAUCAUCUCAGAGAGCCAUUGUAUGUGAAGGUAUUUGACUAUGAUUUUGGACUACAGGAUGAUUUUAUGGGCUCAGCCUUUCUGGAUCUCACACAGUUGGAGUUGAACAGGCCCACAGAUGUGACUCUACCACUGAAAGAUCCCCACUAUCCUGACCAUGACCUUGGAAUCAUUUUGCUGUCAGUCACCCUUACACCUAAGGAAGGAGAACACAGGGAUGUGCAGAGUUCAAUCCACAACUUUCUUCAUUGGAGAAUUUGUGAAAUAAAAACAAUGCUAAUGAGGAAGAGUUGGAAAAGAUCAAGUAAGGAACUCUCAAACAAUGAAGUGGUUGGAUCUUAUUUCUCUGUGAAGUCUUUCUUUUGGAGGACGUGCGACAGGCCUGCGUUCCCUGUCCUGGGCUUCUGCAGAGCAGAGCUUCAGAGUGCUUAUUACCAAAACGCACAAUUUCAGACCCAAAGUUUACGUCUGUCAGAUGUACACAGAAAAUCACAUCUUUGGCGAGGAAUAGUCAGUAUCACGUUGAUUGAGGGGCGAGACCUCAAGGCCAUGGAUUCCAAUGGGUUGAGUGACCCCUACGUGAAGUUCCGGCUUGGGCAUCAGAAGUAUAAGAGCAAGAUUAUGCCCAAAACUUUGAAUCCUCAGUGGAGAGAACAAUUUGAUUUUCAUCUCUAUGAAGAAAGAGGUGGAAUUAUCGAUAUCACUGCAUGGGACAAAGAUGCUGGGAAAAGAGAUGAUUUUAUUGGCAGGUGCCAGGUCGACCUGUCGGUCCUCAGUAGGGAACAGACGCACAAGUUGGAAUUGCAGCUGGAAGAGGGUGAGGGACACCUGGUGCUGCUGGUCACCCUGACAGCCUCCGCCACAGUCAGUAUCUCUGACCUCUCUGUCAACUCCCUGGAGGACCAGAAAGAACGGGAGGAAAUAUUAAAAAGAUAUAGCCCAUUGCGGAUAUUUCACAACCUGAAAGAUGUGGGAUUUCUCCAGGUGAAAGUAAUCAGAGCAGAAGGAUUAAUGGCUGCUGAUGUGACAGGUAAAAGUGACCCAUUUUGUGUAGUAGAACUGAACAAUGAUAGGCUUCUAACACAUACUGUCUACAAAAAUCUCAAUCCUGAGUGGAACAAAGUCUUCACAUUCAACAUUAAAGAUAUCCAUUCAGUUCUUGAAGUGACAGUUUAUGAUGAAGAUCGGGAUCGAAGUGCUGACUUUCUGGGCAAAGUUGCUAUACCAUUGCUGUCUAUUCAAAAUGGUGAACAGAAAGCCUACGUCUUGAAAAACAAGCAGCUGACAGGGCCAACAAAGGGGGUCAUCUAUCUUGAAAUAGAUGUGAUUUUUAAUGCUGUGAAAGCCAGCUUACGAACAUUAAUACCCAAAGAACAGAAGUACAUUGAAGAGGAAAACAGACUCUCUAAACAGCUGCUACUAAGAAACUUUAUCAGAACGAAGCGCUGUGUCAUGGUGCUUAUAAAUGCUGCAUACUACGUUAAUAGUUGCUUUGAUUGGGACUCACCCCCAAGGAGCCUUGCUGCUUUUGUGCUCUUCCUCUUUGUUGUGUGGAACUUUGAGCUCUACAUGAUACCGCUGGUGUUGUUGUUACUAUUGACAUGGAACUACUUCUUGAUAAUAUCAGGGAAAGAUAACAGGCAACGUGAUACAGUAGUGGAGGACAUGCUAGAGGACGAGGAAGAAGAAGAUGACAAAGAUGACAAGGACAGUGAAAAGAAGGGGUUUAUAAAUAAAAUCUAUGCCAUCCAGGAGGUAUGCAUCAGUGUCCAGAACAUCCUAGAUGAAGCGGCUUCCUUAGGCGAAAGGAUAAAGAAUACUUUCAACUGGACGGUCCCAUUCCUAAGCUGGCUGGCCAUCGUGGCCCUCUGUGUGUUCACAGUCGUGCUGUACUUCAUUCCACUGAGAUACAUUGUCCUUGUCUGGGGCAUCAAUAAAUUUACAAAAAAGCUUCGGUGUCCCUAUGCAAUUGACAACAAUGAACUGCUUGACUUCCUUUCUAGAGUACCUUCAGAUGUACAAGUGGUGCAAUACCAAGAAUUGAAACCAGAUCCCUCUCACAGCCCAUGUAAAAGGAAGAAAAACAAUCUUGGCUAGCUAGCUCCCAGCACUGAGAAGACCAGCAUCUGCUCGGGAAGAUAAAAAAGCCUUCCAGCCUCAGCAGCAUUUCCUUUCUUUCUGCUUUUUAUUUAUUUUACCUCUUAAAAAAUGAUCGUGAGAAUUUGUAAAUAGUGUAUAAGGGCAUAUGUCUUUGAAAAUAUACUUCCAUUGUACAGAAUCAAUUUGAUUAAAAGUUUACUUACUGCUGUAUGAAAGCCUUGUUAGUGGUGGCUAAUAAUAUAGCACACUGGAACAACAAAUGUAAGAAUGGUAACACUGGGAGACACACACUUCUCUAAUUACGAGUGGAAGAACCAGAUUAGAUUAUAUGCUUUGUUUUGCCUGAUGAAAUCUAUAUACAUGUUAAAGUUUUUUUCAUGUGACUAUUUUUUAUCUGAAAAGUACAGUACAGUUUUCUAUGUUUUACACUUUUUGAAAGGGAGGAGGGAGUCCCAAGACGUGAAUAAUGGAACAGAUGCAUUUCAAUUUCACAUAAAUUCUGAUUUCAGAUCCUGACAUUUAUUCCUGAGCAAAGUAUUUAGAUAUGACUAGGCUGACUUUAAGCUAAUGAGUGAAGGUAUAUUCACCCCUCAAAAGAAUCUUAUACUCUGAAAUCCUACAAAGAAAACUUUCCUUCUAUCAUUCCAUCUAAAACCUUAAAAUCUCUACAGGAUUACACAUAAAUACUGCCAGGUUUAUAAAUGAAUGCCUAUCUGAAUUUUUAUACCUAUCACUACUUUAAUUUCUAUCAAGUUAGAAAAUUAGCAAAAUUUCAGUAAACAUACUAGCAAACUAAAUUCAUAUUGCUUUUGGUGUCAGAUUAUACCCCUGUAUAUCUAAAAAUAUUUAAUACUCACAUGUUCUCACAGAAAAAAAGUUAUGUGCUUUCUCAUUAGAUUACUGAAAUCUUUAAUGCAUACUAUGAUUUUUGUUAUUAGUGUGAAUUGUAAUGUAGAGGAGAAUGCAGUGUGCUAAGUGAUAUGCCAAUGUUUCAUUACAUUCAUUUAUAGAAAAAAUAAUCAUUCUUGAAAAUAUAAAUGCAUGAAAACCUAUUUUGUAAAAAAAACUGUAUGGGGAGGGGGAGUUUGCCUUUAAAAAGAUUUCAUUACUUACUAUAGAAUCUAUAUUUAAAAAUUGCAUUCCCAAGACUCUUGUGGUAGUUUUUCUAUUUAACUUCAAGUGAGUGUACCUCUGGAAAGAGAAAUAAUUUGGUGAGUAUGUCUUACUCCCCCCUGACUUGGUAGGGGAUUAAGCUUGCCUAAAAUUGCUACAGAAUGUUUUGCACUACUUUAUUAAUAAUAGACUGAGAUAGGGUGAAGAUGGGGGUUGUGUUGGAAAACUGUAGAAAAGGCCGAAGCAAGAAACAUCUCUCUCUCUCUAAAUUCUUUAACAAUAAAUUUAAUCUCAUCAGAGCUGAUUUUUUAAAGUAUUUUUAUUUUAAAGCUAUGUUGUUAAAUACUAUUUCUUAUGAUAGAACUAUUUUGAUCUGUUUAUACACUAUGGUUGAAAGAUUGUCAAUUAAAUCCCUUUCUAUAGAAAGGCUUUGACCUCAAUAAGCUCCAUUUAGUGCAUCAUGUUUGUAACGACAUGCUUAUAUUCGCACACCAUCACUAUAUGUUGCUAAGACAAUACUCCAUGAAGUUGAUGUUACUACAGAAAGUUUGUUGAUAGGAUAAUUUGUUUGAAAUUACCUUUGAUUAUAUCUUGUGUGAGGUUUACAUUUCAUGCUGACAGUGUCUGCUCAAAUGUCUACAAGCCUGAUAUUCUAUGACCCCAGAUGUACCUAGUGGAUAGUAACCAUUAAUGGAUGACUAAAUUUUGUUUCAUUCUAUGAAAUUUCAGAUGUUUAGUUCAAUGGUAAUGUUGACUAUACAUUCACUGCAUUAAAUAAAAAAUCUUUUCUAAGUAAAA